AUGGACGCAAUUGUUAAUGCUAUCCUUCAAGCAAAGAAGAAGGAUUUGGACGAUCUUCAAAAGAAAUUGGAGAUGAAUAUUGAUAAAAUCAGACAAUUUGGAGGACACAUCUCCAAUGCUCUCAAGGCUUUGAGACCUGAUGAAAACUCUUUGGGUAUUACAUAUUUACUCUUUGCAAAAGCUUCAUUGCCAAAACUUGAUGAAUCUUUUUUGAACGAGGUUGAAGGUUUUGUUGUUGCUCUUGAUGGCGAACAAACAAGAAAGGCUGCCAAUAGAUUUGUUUAUGUUACCAAUAGAUAUAUGGAGCUGUGUAGAGACAAUAACUUGGCUGUCAGAGGUUUGAGAACACUCCAAGUUGCUGUUCAACGAUUCCGAAAGUCUUCUGAAUUUUUGACACCAGUUCACAGUCAACUUUUGUUGUUGUGUUUGAAGACAAAGAACUACAAGAUUGGAUAUAACUUGAUCGAGAACAAGAUCUUUGAUGUGGACACAGACAUUACUGGUCUUACUCCAAGAGAUAUGUUAUUGUAUUAUUACUAUGGUGGUAUGAUCUAUAUUGGUAUGAAAGAAUUUUCCAAGGCAUACACAUUCUUUGAUAAUGCAAUGCAAAUUCCUGCUCUUGCUUUGAACGCCAUCAUGGUUGAAAGUGCAAAGAAGCUCGUUUUGGUGUCACUCUUAGUACACGGUAAAUAUUUGGGUAUUUCCAAGAAUGCUUCAAACUUGGUCCACAGACACAUGAAGACCUUCUGUCAAAUCUACAUUGAUUUCGCAACUGCUUUUGAACGCGAUGAUGUGGACAAAGCCUACAAGAUUUUGAACGAACACAAUCAAGCAAUCAAGGAUGACAAGAACCUUGGCUUGAUGAAGCAAUGUCUCUCUGCCCUUCACAGAAGAAACAUUCAAAAGCUCACUUCUACUUAUGUCACAUUGUCAUUGGUUGAUAUUGCUAAAGCUGCUCGUUUGAAGGAUGCAAAGGAAGCAGAACAACUGUUAUUCAAGAUGAUCGACAACGGUCAAAUUAAUGCCAGAAUUAACCAAGUUGAUGGAAUGGUUACAUUCGAAGAGGAUACUGAAUCUUCUAAUUUUGCUUCACCUUUCACCAACCAAACUCUUGACAGAAGUAUUCAAAGAACAAUUAAUUUCACAAAACGUUUGAAGAAAAUGGAUGACGAAAUUUCUACUUCGACAGCUUAUAUUGUUCGUUCAUUUGGUUUGAGAGAAGAAAUGUUCGACUUGGAAAUGAUGAAAGGAGGCUCCAGAGGUCAAAGAGGAAUGGGUGCUGCUCGUUUAAUGGAGAUGUGGAGAUAA